AUGAGUUCGACCCCGCCAUCAAUUGAUGACAACCAGGCCCAAGGACCCAGGGAACGAGUCGAGCAGGUCAUGCCCUUGGAACCGCAGGCCGACGGGCAGCCGCCCUCUCAAGUGGCAGCUCUUGACCCCAGCGGAUCGGACACGUGUCUGCCUGACGAGAACGUCGACACACAGAGCGCCACACGAUCGCGUCUCGUGCGGGAGGCAAGCAAUGGCCGCACCGAAAUUGUCAAGCAGCUCCUGGAUGAGGGCGCCUCGGUCCAUGAGCGUGACCCAGAGCUCGGCAAGGCGAUCGAGGCCGCGACACUAUCUGGGCACAUUGACACCAUGCGCCUGUUGUGCGAGGCUGGUGCCUCCGUGGAUGACGAAUACCCUGGUGGACAGACGAUCCUGCAUAUGGCAGUAAAGCUGGGAGAUCCUGGGCUUGUUACCCUUCUGAUCAAAUCGGGAGCCUCUGUCCUGAAGCCUAACAACAGCAACGAGACCCCCUUGACCAAUGCCAUCGAUACGGGAAGCGUCGAAAUGGUGGCUCGUCUUCUGGAGCACGGGGCGGACGCAGAAACCUCAAGCGAGGAACCCCUACGACCUCUGGUCCGGGCUGUAUCCCAUGGAAAUCUCCGUAUAAUUGAACUACUGGUCAAGCACGGAUGGGAACUUGACACCAAGGACGAAAUCGGCCGCACAACUCUCUGCGUGGCCGUCUCUGCCGGGCGUUUGGAUAUCGUGAGAUAUCUUAUUGACUCAGGAGUCGGCUUGGAGGACACCACGGAUGGAAUGACGGCGUUGCACCACGCUGCUAAAUAUGGAAAUCCAAGCAUCGCCGAUCUGCUGAUCGGAAAAGGAGCCAAUAUUGAAGCCGUUGACGGCGAUGAGCUGCGCACUCCCUUUUACCUGGCAAUUGAAUACGGGAACCCUGCCAUAGCUGAGUAUUUUCUCGAACAGGGCGCUAAUAUGGCUGCUAGAAAUAGCAACGGAUAUUGUGCCCUUCAUCUUGUAGCGUCGAGAGAGCCGUACAUGGUCGAUUUCCUGCUCAGGCACGGAGCAAAUAUGGAAGACGUGGCUGCCGACGGUCUGACAGCACUCGGAAUUGCGGCUGCGAAAGGGAAUAUCAAAACUCUCGAACUGCUUUUGAACGCGGGAGCGGACAUUGAUAGUUUCGGUGGUGUCAAUUCCACCGUUCUACACGCGGCUGCUCGCAGGGGACAACUUGAAGUCGUCCGGGUGCUUCUUGACGCAGGCGCCGAUAUUGAGUUGGCACGCAACACCGAGCGCCCUUACACUGCCCUGGGUGUGGCUGCGUCUUCGGGCCGCCUGGAUGUGGUGAAGCUGCUACUUGAACGGGGGGCCAACCUUGCGGCAAGCCAGGACCAGGAUGGUUUCACUCCGCUACAUAUCGCUUGUAGGGAUGACAUGAUUGAAGUGGUCAAGCUUCUUCUCGAGACAGGAGCUCAGGUCGACGUUUUGGAUAAUGACGGCUGGACUCCUCUCCAUGUUGCCGCCAGAAACGACAACGAUGCGAUUAUUCGUCUUCUUAUGGCAUACUGGGCAGAUCCGUACCUCACCUGCGACGAUAACUUGACCCCCCUCGCCUAUGCCGUACGGCAUGACCAAAGACUGGCCGUUAGGGCCCUUGUUGAAUGCGGAGCGGACUGCAAUCUUGGGAGCCCCGGCGAGUUCACAGCUCUGUCUCUGGCAGCCCGGCAUGGCUAUUCCCAGACUCUCGAGCUCUUGAUUGAGCUUGGUGCCAGCAUAGAACUUCUAGAUGCCAGGGGUGAGAGCCCUCUGAUCACUGCCGCCAACUACGGUCAUCUCGAAACGGCCGAAAUUUUACUUCAAAAAGGGGCACACGUCAAUUGGGAGGAUUACGAUGGCUGGACUCCAUUGGCCAUAGCUGCGAGGCGCGGCUAUGGUGAGCUCGUGAGGCUUCUGUUGGAGCGAGGAGCAGAUCAAAGUAUCAAGAAGAAGCAGGGAGCAAGCUGUUCCUUCUCGGUGAUCCAUCGAGCAAUAUGCGUCGGCCAUGUCGACGUUGUCCGCCAGCUCUCAGACGCCACUGACGGCCAGGAACCGCCGAUGGACACGCUUGGGAGGUCCCCUCUGUGCUUCGCCGUCAGCCAUGGCCGCCACGCUGUGGUCAGGCUUCUCCUUGAGAGAGAAGGCCACCAGGCCUCCCUGCAAGACAUAUAUGGAUCAACACCGCUGGGCAUCGCAAUUCGGAUUGGAUACGAGUCCGUUGCCCGGCUCUUGUUCAACGCCACAAAGCCAUCCUUGGAUGCGGAAGAUCUUCUGGGGAAAAGCCUAAGAUGGUGGCUGUCAACUGUGGCCACUCCCAGCAUGCAGGAGCUAUUUGAGAAUCUCGAGCAGGGCGCCGGCGAUGCUGGAUCCGAGAGCGAGGGCAACGACGAGGGCGGCGGAAUGCGUGCACACUGCGACAUUUGCUUAAUGAGAAUCAUGAGGGACCAGCCUCGGCACCAUUGCGACGCGUGUCUUGAGGCAGACUUCGACGCGUGCCUGCGAUGCAUAGAAUUGGGGGGGAAGUGCUUAGAUGAGUCGCACAAGCUGAUAUACUAUGAUUCAUCUCCUCGGAAGAAUUGA